GGGAGACGGCUGCUGUCUCGCAGCCACAGCCCGUAUGGCGUGGUAAAGGGCGACGCAAGGGUGGUGGAAAGGGUAAAGAUGCAGGACGUGCUGCCUGGCUACUAGGCGUGGAUUUUGCCUCGCAGGAGCCUGCCAAAGAGCCAAGCGAAGGUGUGGCCCAAAAGGCUGAGGUCAAGGAGUUGGAGGUUUUCACCGCAGUUGUAGAGCCCAGCAAGCUUCGGGAAGCGGAGAGCACGGCGGAAGCCGAAAGCACUCGGGAAGCCGAGAGCACACGGGAUGCCGAUAGCCCCGCCGCGAGGAUGGUGGAGCAGGAGAGUGCCUUCAUCGAAGCCAAUGCCUGCCCAAGCGCGGCGGAGGGCUAUUCUGAAGCGAGGACCACGAAUGCCAAGGUCGAGGAAACCCGGAUCAUCUGUGAGACUGAUCCGAAUGAGGUUCUAGCAUGGCGGGAGCUCUUUUUCAAACUGGGAGAAGUGGAAGAAGCACCUUCAUCCUCGGCUGCACCGGAGCACAGUACCUGGGGCGACAAGGGCUCCCUAUCAAGACUUUUACGGCGUGAAGGACUGGCAAUGCCGGAGCUUCCAAGUGCCAGUUCAGCCAGCACGGAAGCCGGUUCCAACGGGCCGGUAGUGGCCCCUGGGCCGGUAAUGGGCCCUGGAUUGAUCCGAAGGUCUGAUCGCUUUGGCGGCCCCCGAAGCCGUCGCGGAGCGGGCUAA